CUGAGGAGGGUCCAACCUGUGGUUAAAGGUUGCCUGCAGAUAUGUAAGUCUUCUUGACAAGUGGUCCACCCUAGGUCAAGCUUCUAGAAAAGUUAACAGUAGGAAUGAGCCUAAAUGAGUAGGAAGAAACUGAAAGCCAGAAGAAACUGAAAGCCCAUCCUGGCCCUUCUUCAUAGGUCAAACCAGGUUCUAAGGGGGCUUAGGAGGAGGGCUGUCAAUAUGAGGAUCUUUUAUUAGAGGAGGAGUAAUCACCCAAACAAAAGCGGCUGCCUUUUCACUAUUCCAUGUCUCACCAUUUUGCUCAAGCUAGUUUGUUUAUUUUCAACCUUAACAUUUGUUAAAGACCCUACUGACUUUUGAGAAUGAACUAAGCAAACUAAAGGAAAGCUACUGUUGCGUCUCUGCAAACACCAAGUAGGCUGUUACCUAAUGCCACAGGGCUGUGCCUGUUUACAACAUAUCCCCAUAAAGCAUCACCUUAGAAAACCGCAAAGACUGUUCUGUUCGGGCGUGGAGAGGGAGGUCUUAAGUCAGCGGAACCCUAAAACCCAGUCUGAGGCGGAUGCCGCCGGAACCGGAAAGCGGUCCUCCCUGACAGCACUAGGCUGAAGACUUCCGCCCCGCAGAGGAUUUGCCUCCACCCCCACCUGCAAGUCCGCCUAGCUCUACUUCUGCGCAGGCUCCAGGAGUUGUUUGCUGUCUCUAUGGCAACCCAGUAGCUGGAGUCUGAAGAUGGAGACCAACGAGUCUACGGAGGGAUCACGGUCGCGAUCUUUAGACAUACAGCCCAGCUCCGAAGGACUGGGGCCCACUUCGGAACCGUUUCCUUCUUCAGAUGACAGUCCUAGGUCGGCCCUGGCAGCUGCAACCGCAGCAGCUGCAGCGGCUGCAUCAGCUGCUGCAGCUACCGCAGCCUUCACCACCACCAAAGCAGCUGCAUUAUCUACAAAGACCCCAGCGCCCUGCUCUGAGUUCAUGGAGCCAUCCUCUGACGCCAGCCUUCUUGGGGAGCCCUGUGCGGGACCCAGCUUUACCCACAAUAUAGCCCAUGGGAGUCUUGGCUUUGAGCCCGGCUAUGUUUCCUGUAUUGCUCAGGACCCUUGCACUACAACCGACCAUAGUUCUAACUCUGACGUUGUUCCAGGCUCUAGCUCUGGGCCUGUUCUUGGCUCCAGCUCAGGUGCUGGCCAUGGCUCUGGCUCUGGCUCUGGUCCUGGUCAUGGCUCUGUCCCUGGCUCUGGCUCUGGCUCUGGUCCUGGCUGUGGCUCUGUCCCUGUCUCUGGCUCUGGUCCUGGUCAUGGCUCUGGCUCUCAUCCUGGUCCUGCCUCUGGGCCUGGUCCAGGCACUGGCCCUGACUCUGAGCUCAGCCCCUCUAUUCCUCCAGGGUUCAGAAACCUGGGGGCAGAUCGAGUCCCUAACUAUACCUCCGGGAGUCAGCACUGCCCCUGGGAGCCCCAGAAACAACCACCUUGGGAAUUUUUGCAAGUUUUAGAACCGGGUACCCGAGGACUAUGGAAACCCCCAGACAUUAAAGGGAAGCCUACGAUUCACUAUGAAACAUUGCCACGGGGCCAGUGCCUCCUCUACAACUGGGAGGAAGAGAGAGCCACCAACCACCUGGAUCAAGUCCCAAGCAUGCAGGAUGGCUCUGAGAGUUUUUUCUUCCGACACGGACACCGGGGACUGCUGACUAUGCAACUAAAGUCACCCAUGCCCCGCAGCACCACCCAGAAAGACUCCUACCAGCCACCAGGAAAUGUCUAUUGGCCACUUCGAGGGAAGCGUGAAGCCAUGCUGGAGAUGCUUCUGCAGCAUCAGAUCUGUAAAGAGGUACAGGCAGAACAGGAACCCACAAGGAAGCUCUUUGAGGUCGAGUCUGUGACACACCAGGACUACCGAAUGGAGCUGGUGCAAUCAGGGACUCCUGCCCCAGCAAAGCCUCACGACUACCGCCAGGAGCAGCCUGAGACCUUCUGGAUACAGAGGGCACCACAGCUACCGGGUGUCAGUAACAUCAGGACAUUGGAUACACCUUUCCGGAAGAACUGCAGCUUCUCAACACCAGUACCCUUGUCUCUGGGGCAACCUUUGCCCUAUGAACCUGAGAAUUACCCCCACCAAUUGGGAGAAAUCUCUUCCCUUCCCUGUCAGAGAGGAAGGCUGGGUGGUGGAGGGGGUGAAUGACUCCUGUCAGGGGUGAGGAGGGAAGUGGGAUAUGGAAUAUGGAAUCUAUUUCUGUCUGCACUAGAGAGGUCAGGAGGAAGUUAAUUCUCACUGUACUUGAAGAGGCUUUACAUAAAGGGUUCUCUCUCAUCCCGAGA